UCAGACAAACAGACCCCACUCUUAUGCUUGGCCGCUUAGCCUUGCUGCCUUAGCCUUAGCCCACCUUCUUCAAACAAACAAACCGUCACAAAAACCAUUUACACCCGAACCCAAUGGUCCCAAAUUCCAAUCACUCACACAGAGUCCCGAGUAUUUUAAUUUCGAAAUUUUGAUUUAUUUAAAAUAAAAUAAAAAUUUACAGAGAGGAAAAAAACAUAGGCUUCUGGAGAGAGAAAGAGCAGAAAACAAAUAAAAUAAAGCAUAGAAAUGAAAAAUCCCCAAUUCUGAAUGGAAACCCUAGCCCCAACCCGAAUCCCUCAAAUUGGACCCUCCAUUUUCGUCUAUCUUCGGAUCAUCCGUUCUUCACUGUUCUUUGCUGGAGGCUGAGUCAAACUCCGACUCCUCUAUUGUUCACAGAAAGAGAGCAACCGAGAGACACAGCGAUAUAUAGAGAGACAGAGAGAAGAGAGAGAUAGAGUGCGUGAGUGUAUGUGUGUUAUGGGGAGUACGGAAUCUGGUACGGGCGAUUUCAGCGUAGGAUCGAUCGUUUGGGUGAGGAGGAGGAACGGGUCGUGGUGGCCGGGGAAGAUAGUGGGCCCAGAAGAGCUCUCCGCUUCGCAUCUCACGUCGCCUCGCUCUGGGACCCCCGUCAAGCUUCUCGGUAGAGAAGAUGCCAGUGUUGAUUGGUACAAUUUGGAAAAAUCCAAGCGUGUUAAGGCGUUUCGAUGCGGUGAGUUUGAUGAUUGUAUUGAGAAGGCUGAAUCAUCGCAGGGUAUGCCUGUGAAGAAAAGAGAGAAAUAUGCACGUCGAGAAGAUGCUAUUCUUCAUGCGCUUGAACUUGAGAAGCAGCUGUUGAGAAAACAAGGAAAGUUAGGUAUAACUUCUGAACGCUUGAACAGUAAAUUAUCUGGUGCUGUGAAAAAGGAGUUAGUUAUAUCUUCCGAAAGUUUGGGAAAUGACAAUGUAAAACCUGGAAAUUCCAAAUCACAUCAGUUUUCUAAGCGACUGGAUACGUCUCAUAGAAAUGAUAUUAUAGGCGGUCCUCUGUCUUCCCAAAGAGCCAAAGAGGGAAAUCAACUGAGUGGUGAAGAUGAUCAUGCUGAGGCCAUGCCUCGGAUGAGAGGCUUGCAGGACUUUGGUCUCAAAAUUGCCCCUUCAAAGCGAAAACUUUCAUCUUCUCUUGCUUUAAAUGGUUCUUGGAAACCCACAGUUGAUGGUACUGUUCAAGCUCUUGCUCGUGGUGGUCUUAGCAUGGGAGGAACAAAUCAUGUGAACGGUAAAAAUUCUUUAGAGCAAAUGAAAAGUUCACAUGAGGGAUUGAGUGAUGAACUUUUGGCCAAGAGACCUGAUAAACGUCGUCCUCUUGUCCAAGUUUUGCAGAAUAGUGCAAAAUUAGCUGUCCCACAGUCCUUGCAACCUGACAGUGCUACUGUUUAUACUUCUGUUUCAGGAGUGGAGCAGACGGGAGUUGUUUGCAAAGCAAAGAGGAGUAAAUGUGUAUAUUUGCCUGCUGAGUCUGGUGAAUCCUUGGAGUAUGAAGCAGCUCCUUCAAACCAAGCUGAGAUCUCAGCUUCACCAGUUGGUGCUCGUCCUCAUGCCGAGGCCUUGAUUGAAGAGAACACUUCUGGCUUUACAGAAGAUGAAUCUGAUUCUUCUGAAACAGAUUCUUCUGAGUCCGAGUCUGAUUCUUCUGAGACUGAACCAGAUAUGGAUGAAGAGAUGCCUUUACUCUCAGAACCAGAAGUUGGGAGAUAUGAAGCACGAGAACAUGGAAUCAUGGUUGGCGACGAGCCUGAUGAAUCAACAAAUUCUGGUGAUAUGUCUCACCUCUACAGUCAUGACCCUUUAUUUGCUAGUGAGGCUGUGUCCAAAUGGCAGUUGAAAGGGAAAAGAAAUAUCCGCAAUCUUACAAAAAGAUCAAUGGAUGCAACUGACGGAAGAGGCUAUAUUUAUGGACCUUAUUCUGAAGAAAAGACUGAUUGGGAAGACUGGACCUGGGAGGAUAGGUCUGCCUGGAAUGAGGACUGGGACAUCAAAAGAGAUCGCUUUCACCCUGUUUAUGAUGGCCGUUAUCAUUAUCGCAGGAGGCCGAGAUACUUGAUAGAUGUAGACUUGAAGGUCCAGGCAAGUUACCAAAAAGAGCCAGUUCCUAUUGUUUCUCUGAUGAGCAAGUUAAAUGGGAAGGCAAUAAUAGGGCACCCAAUCCAAAUUGAAGCCUUAGAAGAUGGUUCAUCCAACUCGCUUCUUUCAACAGUUGAUGAAUUUGGUGAGGAAGCAGUUGACAAUAAUGGGGGUGCAACUGUUCCACAUGCAUGGAGGACUGCAAGGAGGACGGCAAAUGUUCGAGUCCCGCGCCCUCAUUUAUCGUCUGCAUUGGAUGGUGAUGAAGCUGCUGACGACCUUCCCUUUUUAGAUGAAGAAAGCAGGCCACCAUUCAAGAAAUUAAAUUUAGGGAGUUUCAGUAAUAAGGCAAGCCAGGGUAAGAGGAACCUUCUUCACAACUCCCGGCUUCCCACUGAUAGAAAGUUGUCGAAAAAGGUGGCCAAGAAAGUCAGCUUAUCAUCUAGCCAGAAAACGAGGACUUUAUCUUCGAUAGCCAUUGAACAGAAUUUUAGUAACAAGCCAAUACAUCAUGAUAGCAGUAGUUGUCAAAGGGAAGGGCUGAUGAAACCGGAGUCUUCUGGACCCACAACUGUAGCUUGCAUACCCGUGAAAUUAGUAUUCAGUAGGUUACUUGAGAAGAUCAAUAGGCCCCCAUCAAAAGCAGCUAGUACGGUUUUAUUGAAUAGCGAAAAGGAGAGAAAUUCAUGAUAGAUUACUUGUACAUUGUUAUAUAAGCACAAUAAGUUUAUACUGCUAGCACAACAUUUAUUGCUAAUAUCUUCUUUCCAGCGGAGCACUACAAAACUGGACCGUAUAAGUCAGCAUUUUUCUGCUGUCUUUUUGAAUAAUCGGAUGAAGCAGGUAACCAAGGAAGCAGCCGUGCACAGCAGACAGUGUUGUCAACUGCAUUGCAUUGCAUAUUUGCUGGAUGUGGAUUUCUGAGGAUUUAUUUGAAGGAACAAAGCUCAUGUUAGUCAGAUGAAGUAGGUAUAGAUAGAAUUCAUAGGGAAAUGUACAUUUAUUUCCAUACAAGCUUAUGUAUCUUGCUCUGUUUAUCAUAACUAAUUUAAGAAGUAUAGAAAGAAGUGAGGAGUCUUCUGUAGAUGUUUUAUUGAAUUUGUAGUUCUCUCUCUGUAUCGGAUUAAUUAACAAGGCAAGAAUGGGAGCACUUUGUGUGCGUUGUUGAUAUUUCA